ACAGGGAUGUCAAUAAUCACCAUCGGAAAGACAAAACGUCAAGGCCUAGGUCCACCCCCAGAUUGGCUGCAAUGCCCAUGGAAUGGAAAAACGAUUGAGAACACAUUUGUGCCUUUCAAGACGCCACUGGGCUCCAAGUAUGACAAAGAUGUGAAGCAGGAAUAUCGCUUUACAGUCGACAUGCUGAUUGAUUCACAGAAAACAGACAAGAAAAAGUUGGGUGUUCUCGUGGAUCUGACGAAUACGACACGAUAUUACGACAGUUCUGAUGUGGUGAAGCUAGGAUGUAAUUACUUUAAAAUCCAGUGUACAGGUAAUAAAAAUCCCACUGUGGACCAGACCAAUGCGUUCAUUCAGCUGUGUGCGCGAUUCAAGGAUAAAAAGCCGCAGGAGAUGAUUGCGGUUCACUGCACUCAUGGCUUCCACAGGACUGGUUUCCUUAUCAUCGCGUAUCUAGUAGAAAAGAAGCAAAAAAGGUUUGAAUAG